CCCCGCCCCUCCGCCAUGGCCGAUGUGGAGGACGGGGACGAGCCCGGCGCCCCCCACUCGCUGCCGGGCUCCGCGGGCUCCAAGGCGGGCGCCCCCGACAAGAUGUUCUCGCUGAAGAAGUGGAACGCGGUGGCCAUGUGGAGCUGGGACGUGGAGUGCGACACCUGCGCCAUUUGCCGGGUGCAGGUCAUGGAUGCCUGUCUUAGAUGUCAAGCUGAAAACAAACAAGAAGAUUGUGUUGUGGUUUGGGGAGAGUGCAAUCAUUCCUUCCACAAUUGCUGCAUGUCCUUGUGGGUGAAACAGAAUAAUCGCUGUCCCCUCUGCCAGCAGGACUGGGUAGUCCAGAGAAUAGGCAAAUAAAAACUGGAAGGGUUUCUUUGUGCUGCACUUGUUGGAAUGGUGUGUGUGUGUUAUGCCCUAUGCCCGUACAGAACGGAACGUGUCCGUCAUGACUCACUUGGUUUAUCUGCUCCAAGCCCAGAGUGGGUUUGGUGCAGGCCUCUGGCUGCACAAGGUGCACUCCGUGUCAGGCUCACUGCAGGGCUUCCACAAUUGAAACAGGAGACCUCCAUCAACAACUGUAUCUGCUAUGGUGAAAGUGUUGUCUGAACCAGAGCACAGAAACUUGGUGACGCAGAUUAUACCCUAAACACUAAAUGAAUUCAAUUGAAAGAGUCACCUUACCUGGUCUGAUACACUGCAUAGUUUACUGUCAGGAUAAAGAAAAAGUUUCCUAAGUACUAUUGUAUUCAAAAACACAGUUAAUGUGGUUUUUAAGAAACUAUUCUGGGUCUUAAUCUAAAAUGAACAGUGUGUAAAACAAUUGCUAUGUACUUUUUCUAUCACACUGUAUUAAACAGCUCUAAUUUAGGUUUUCUUUAUGACUUUCAUUUUGUUGUAGCUCCAAGUCUGUUGCUCUGUUAUAUUCUAUACAUGAUUUCUACCACCAUAACAUUAAAAUUUAACCACAUUAAUAAUUUUUUAAAUUUAUAUUUCUGUUAGUGAUCAUAGAGACAUGUAUUUUUAAUCCAAAGACAUGCAUUUGAUAUCAGUUAACUAGAGGUGUAGACAAUCUUGCUGGUUAGCUGAUUAAUACACAAAGCAGAAAAAAGUGAUAAUUUAAAUACCCCAAGGCACUAACAAAAUCUAGGGGAAAAUGGUAAAUUGUGAUUUCAUGAAAAUUCAGUUAAUAGAAGUUUCUUUGUUAUCUUUUUAUUGGUCAUAGUGUUUUGGAAGCAUUUUUUAAAUUUUUGUGGAAAUAAAUCCUGAAUAUAUCAUCUUCUUUGAAUUUUUUCUUACAACUGUUUAAGUGCUUGCCUCUAACUUUGUUUUUUCCCUAAAUAUCCAAAUUACUGUGAAUCUGAACAUAUGCUGUGGAAUUUUUAAAAUAUGUGUAACGGAGAGGUAGAAUUAUUGCUUUAAAUCUGUAACAAAUUCAGGCUUAAUAAAAUGGUUAAUCAACAUGGGUGAAAUUGAAACAAUAUCAUAUGCAUUGUUUACUUCAAAAUUAUCUUUAAUAUGUUUCUCAGUAGAUGUAUUUCUAAGUACAUUUAAAGAUGUUUAUCUUCACUGUAUAAAGUAGUUCCAAUCUUUGUGUCAUGAAGCAUAUUGCAGAGUUUACUAUGAUUUUGUUUAAUAUUGUAGUCUUGUUUUUAAGAUUUUUUUUAAAUGUAGCUUUUGUUUAAUUACACACUGAGAUAAAAAGUCUUGAGUCACAGUUACACUGUAUCACAUCAGUUGUUAUUAUGCCAGAUGAUAUCUGUCUAAAAACUGAAAACAAAUGUAAAAUAUGUUAACAGUAGUAAUGAAGUGCCUAUAGCAUUUACAUUGUUGUGGAGUGUUUCUGUUUGUGUAACAGUAUGCCCAAAAUUUUUGCAAAAAAAAAAAAAAAAUCUGAGUGGAUGUGAAAAUAAAUUUUAGCUGUCACAGUCAAACUGUAUCUUACCUACCACCUAUUGUCUCUGUCCACAUUUGGUCCCAGGCUCCAUCCCAUGACCCCUGGUAACGCCAUCUAGUCCCAUCAGAGAACUUUCUUCAUUUUUCUUUGCUUAAUGGGUGAAUAUGGCAAGUACCAAACCCUGCUUUUAGCGCAUCACAUGCAUGGCAAGAGUAGCUGUGAAUUACAGGUGUGGAAGAGUUUUUACCAAAGUGUCAGCUCAAAGGGGUGUUGACAGAAAUGAGGUAUUAGGAAAGUUAAUGUUGAAAUCAAAGCAGCUGAUAUUUUUGUGUAUCUGUUUGUAUGUUGUAAGUAUCUUGUUGACCAGUAAUUGAGGUUCAUAUAGAUGAUAAGUUAAUGGAUUUUAAGUCCUGCAUAUUUUCUCUGUGAUACAGAGAUUAGCCUAAGUCCCAGUCUUUCUAUGAGCUUCACACCAGAGAACUUCAAAUCAUACCCUGAUAUGCCUGAUUAGCAUGGUUGUUACUACAUGCCUCUGCUCAGUUCUGUGAUUGUUCACCUCUUGUAAAAUAAAUAAUUUUUGCUUCUCA